AUGCAAAGAUUACUACUUGAGCAUAAGAGAUACUUGACAAAGGCUUGGGCUGAGUAUGCUGUGGAAUGGGCUUCCAAGGACCCAUGUGGCUUCCUUACCACAGUUAUUUUGGCCCUCUCUCCUCUGUUCAUAGCUAGAGCAGUGUUGACCUGGAAGUUGGCCAAGAUGAUUGAAGCCAGGAAGAAAGAGCAAAAGAAGAAACAAAAAGAUCAAGAAAAUUUUGCAAAAGCUAAACAACUAAAAAAGGACUGAAGGAAUGAACAGGCUCUGCAAAUAGAGAAAAAUCUUGGCGAAUUAAUCAGCUUUUGAACGACUUAACUAAGGUUUCAUGAUAGUAAUAUUUAGUAAAUUAAAUAUGACCAUAUAGAAGAAUCAUGUUCUGAUCUCAGUACUAUAGUAAUUUUAAGCUUGGAAAUUGAAGGGUUUGGGUAUCUACUGUCAGGAAUUAUAAUUAGAAUUUAUUAUACAGGUGGAGCAUUCCCAAUUUGAACAUCUAAAACCCAUAGUGCUGUAAAAUCUGACACCUGUGUGCAGACAUGAUGCCAGGAGUAGAAAAUCCCACACUGAGCUUGUGAUAGGUUGCAGUCGAAACACAGGUGCACUAAAAGUAUAUGAAGUUACCUUCAAGCUAUAUAAUGAAUUUUGUGGUUUAGACUUGGAUACCAUCUUCAAGGUAUUAUGCAGAAACUCUAAAACCUGAAAAAGAAGCAUUUUAGUAUGAUCAGUCUGUACUAAAAAUUCUUACCUGACAGUUAUUUGCCAUUUUGGAGCUUGUGUCCUCAAGUGCAAAACAUUUCUGUGGAAAAAAAUGGUUUUAUAUUAUGAACCCCAUUCAAAUGGGGAUUUAAG